CUCAGCCGUGUCUCGCGAUGUUUUUUGUUUUCAUUGAUUUGAAACAUGGCGUCUGAAGUAGAGGCGGGUAGCGCUGCUGCAACCGAACCGGAGACCGGAGAAGGGGAUGCUGCAUUUGGGGAAAUACCCAUGAGCAUGGAUACUGAAUCUUCAAAUGGCAAAGAGGGAAUGGAGACUGCAGGUGAGGGCUCAGAGGCCGCGGACGCUCUGACGGGAUCAGGAGAUGAGGAGAGUGGGAGGCAGCUGGGGGAGGUGGAGCUGCAGUGUGCUUUGUGUAUGAAGUGGUUCACUGCGGACACGUUUGGCAUUGACACUGUGACCUGUCUUCCUUUUAUGACCAAUUAUGUGUUUCACUGCAACGUGUGCCACCACAGCGGUAACACAUACUUCCUCAGGAAACAAGCAAACCUGAAGGAGAUGUGCCUCACAGCCCUGGCAAACCUCACAUGGAGAUCCAGGACGCAAGACGAGCACCCAAAGACCAUGUUCUCUAAAGACAAGGAUAUCAUACCGUUCAUCGACAAGUACUGGGAGUGCAUGACGACUCGUCAGAGACCGGGGAAGCUCACCUGGCCCAACAACAUAGUGAAGACAAUGAGUAAAGAGCGAGAUGUUUUUCUGGUGAAGGAACACCCUGACCCCGGCAGUAAAGACCCAGAGGAGGAGUACCCCAAGUUUGGCCUGUUGGACCAGGACCUUGGAAACAUCGGACCGUCGUACGACACACAGAAACAGACCACUGCUACUCCCACGGCUGGUGGCCUCAAUGGUGGAUCUUCUUUCUCAGGUGCUUUGGCCCCCGGCCCGGGAAAAGGACGAGGAGCCAAACGUAAGCAGCAGCAGCAGCAGGAGGGAACAGCUGCAGGGGCCACGAAGAGAACCCGCAGCGACCCUCUGUUCUCGGCCCAGCGUCUGCCUCCUCACGGUUACCCGCUGGAGCACCCCUUUAACAAAGAUGGCUACCGUUACAUCCUGGCAGAACCGGACCCCCACGCCCCAGACCCGGAGAAGCUGGAGCUGGACUGCUGGGCCGGCAAACCCAUCCCUGGUGAUCUGUACAGGGCCUGUCUGUAUGAGAGGGUGCUGCUGGCGUUACAUGACAGAGCGCCUCAGCUGAAGAUCUCCGACGACCGUCUGACGGUGACGGGAGAGAAGGGUUACUCCAUGGUGCGAGCCUCCCACGGCGUCCGGAAAGGCUCCUGGUACUUCGAGGUCUCUGUCGAGGAAAUGCCAUCGGAGACGGCGGCCCGGCUCGGCUGGUCUCAACCGCUCGGUAACCUGCAGGCGCCUCUGGGUUACGACAAGUUCAGCUACUCGUGGCGCAGUAAGAAGGGCACGCGCUUCCACCAGUCCAUAGGAAAGCAUUAUUCCUCCGGGUACGGUCAGGGAGACACGCUGGGCUUCUUCAUAGAGCUGCCCGACGGCACAGAGACGGCCAAGGCUCUGCCCGAUACGUACAAGGACAAGGCGCUAAUCAAGUUCAAGAGCUACCUGUACUUUGAGGAGAAGGACUACGUGGACAAAGCAGAGAAAAGCCUCAAGUCCACCACCCCCAGCAGGAUGAUAUUCUAUAAAAACGGAGUGAGCCAAGGUGUUGCAUUUGAAAACCUGUUUGAAGGCAUGUACUUCCCUGCAAUCUCACUCUACAAGAGCUGCACGGUGUCAGUUAAUUUCGGGCCACAUUUCAAACACCCUCCGAAGGACGUCAAGUUCCAGCCGAUGAGCGACAUGGGCUGGGGAGCCGUGAUCGAGCACACGCUGGCUGAUAUGCUGUACCACGUGGAGACGGAGGUGGACGGACGACGCAGCCCUCCGUGGGAAGGAUGAACGCGGCUUGAAUCAGUACGCACACGCCCGCCAGUAAAAACACCGUUCCUCCUUCAGACAGUGAAAUGAAAACACAACACGCUGCAGUAAAAACCUCUCGGUCCACGGCUGAUUCUGACUCCUGCGAUAUUAGUAUUUCCUGACAGGAAGUUAAAACCUAAUGAAUCCUUUAAAGGACGGCUGCGUAUCAUCAUUUGACUUCCCACCCUGAACAUUUAACAACUGAAUCAGCUCAUUUUUGGUGCUCUGCUUUGAAAUGUGUAUAUUUUGAAGUUAUUGUUCUGUAGAGAACCUGACAGGACGUCCGGUCGUGUUCUGCCUCUGAUGUUCUGCGUAGAGUUGCGGCCAAUCGAACCCACUUCAACAUUUCUGUAGACAACAGUUGAUCCUCCACUCUUUAGUGUGUUCUGUCUUUUUUCUAAUUUUAUUUGUUUUACAACAUGUCUUGGUUAUUUACUGUUUUAUACUCUGGGUUAAAUAAAAAAAAAUGCUACACGGACAAA